ACACUACGAUUCCCGGCGUGCUGCUCCACCUUGUUAGCACGCAUGCGCACUGCCUCACGCGCCGUCCCGGCGGAACGGCGAGCGCAGAAGAGGGGUUGACAACUACAUUUCCCGUCGUCCCUUCUGGCGCCGGGCUGCCGAUCCUGCUGUAGUGCCCCCCCCGCCCCCCGCAGCCAUGGACAUGGAGGUGGAUGUCGGCUCGGUGAUAUCGGGCCUGUCCGGCGGGGAUGGGGCGGGCCUAGGGCCGGGCGAGGAGGAGCUGGAGGUCGGGGGCGCCCCUGGCUGCUCUGGGGCCGGCUCCCUCCAGUUCGACUUCGAGAGGAGCCGCUCUGAAUCCAGCGGGGAGGAAGAGGAGGAGGAGCUGGAGGAAGAGGAGCUGGAGGGGGGCCCCGGGGCCGGCUUCGGGGCCUGCCGAGAGGAGGAGGGGGAGCUGGACUCGGACGAUGAGCGUGAGCGCACGAUAAACUUGUCUGAGUUGACGCCUUACAUCUUGUGUUCCAUCUGCAAAGGUUAUUUUAUAGACGCCACGACCAUUACAGAGUGUCUUCAUACAUUCUGUAAAAGCUGCAUAGUAAGACAUUUUUACUACAGUAACAGAUGCCCAAAAUGCAACAUUGUUGUACAUCAGACACAACCUCUUUAUAAUAUCAGGUUGGAUCGUCAGUUACAAGACAUAGUGUAUAAAUUAGUUGUCAAUCUGGAGGACAGAGAGAAAAAGCAGAUGCAUGAUUUCUAUAAAGAAAGAGGUCUAGAAGUACCCAAACCUGCUGUCCCACAGCCAGUCCCUGUGAGUAGAGGAAGACCUCGGAAAGUCUUGGGGUCAGUGUUUCGAAUCCCACCAGAACUUGACGUCUCACUGCUUUUGGAGUUCAUUGGGUGGAUCCCAUCUCUUCCUAGCAAUCCUCGUUCCUGGAACAACAUCCCAUGGUCGAAGAAUCCAAAGCCCUCUCUCUGACACCACCUGCGUAACCAUGCAUUUACCUCCACAAUUGGAUCGUCCCUACCUGGGCCUUUUCCUUCAACAGGGAGGAUGGAGGAGAACAUGACUUGUGCCUCAAACUCCUUUAUCCUUCUUCCCAGAGCCACGUAGACUGCAGUGACCCGUUCAAGGUCAUUCUUGGCAGUAUCAUUAGUGCCCACGUGGAGAAGUAUGAAGGGGUAGCGGUCCGAGGGCUUGAUCAGUCUCAGCAGACACUCCGUCACAUCCUGAAUUCUAGCUCCAGGCAAGCAACACACUUCUUGAGUUUCCCAGUCUGGGCAGCAGAUAGAUGACUCCAUCCCCCUUAGAGCAUGAUUCCGUCCCCCAGCACCAUCACCACCACCUCUCUCUUGCUGUCAGCAAAUAUCCAGCAAAACCACUAUCCUCGCCUUCCCAAACUGCUGACUAGACAAAGCCAUCAGCUCACAAGGCUGCCUUGGCUCAUCCCAAAUCUCCUGACCAGGCACAUUGCCACUCCCCACAGACAAACUGCUGCUCUUCUCACUACUCUGAGCUUCUUCCAGCAAAUCACAGUUACCCUUUUCAGCUUCACUUUUACAAGCUGUACUAGCCAACAACUAUCCAGCAAACUGUCCCAUUCUCCUCUAGUGCUGGCCCAUGUAGAGAAUGACAAUUUACUACUGCUGUCUGGUACUCCAUUAGCUCAAGUGGCUGAGGAUUGUGCAGUCAUUCCAAAGGUUCCAACCCUGCUGAUGAACCAUGUGAGUGUCAGUAUGAUGGGAUUUCUUUUAUUUAAUUUUAAGUCUAGGAAAUUGCACUCACAAAACUACAAUAAAAGGACAUUAUUACAGUUGCAAAGUCAAGCACUGAAAAGUUAGGAAAUGCCAGAAAUGCCUGUGUAAUCUUAAUUUGCCCCCUCCCACGCACCCCGUUCCCCUGCAUUUUGCAUUUAAUUAUGUAAUCACAUAAUAUUUCCACAGGACCCCUGCAUCAUUCCACACACAGGGUAGACCAUGCUCUAGGAAUGAAUUAAGGGUAUGUAGUGAAUUAAGCACAUCUGUAGGACCCCUGCCUCAUUUGUUGCAGAAGUUGAAAGGUAUGUGGUGAAUGAGACGAGAUUUCAGGAAGAGACAGGAUGGCAUCCUGGCUAAGGCAGUUGAAUACUGGCCUGGUAAAUUGGAUUCUAUCCCUGUCUCUGACAAAGACUUUCUCUGUGAGUCUGCACAAGUCACUUAAAAACAGUUCACAGGUGGUCACUAAUUAUUUGUUCCUUUUUUCUGGAUCCCUGACUCAAGACCCAGGAGUCUGAUUUUCGGAAGUGCUGAGCAGUCACAAUGGGAGCUGUGUUUUGAACAUCUGAAGUGCUAUAGUAUUCAAUCAAGUCUUGGGUGUCUCAAAUUGGGCACCCAAAAUUUGUGGGUACAUUUGAUCUUAAUCUCUGUGCCUCAGUUCCCCAUCUGUAAAAUGGGGAUAAUGACUCUUCAUCUCACAGGAGCGUUCUGAAAAUAAAUUAAUGUUUGUGAAGCACUUGGAUCCCAUCAUGAUGAGCACCAUAGAAAAGUCCAUGAGGAAAUUAUAAAUUCUGUGUGCAGAGCAAGGUCUGAAUAUUUUGUAGUAAAUAAAGCUUGGAGCCACAUUAUCUAUUCAAAAAGAUCAAGGAGCACUUGUGGCCCCUUAGAUUCUGGCCUCUCCUAGCUUUUAAGUGAUUGACUUUGCAAACUUAAUAAUGUUCCUUUAACUCAUAUUUUAAUGUGCUUCUCUACCAUAAUCAGUGUGAUAUAACAAUAUACGUUCCACUAGCACAGUCCAUGCAGGUUCCCAUUGACUUCAGGCCCAUUCCAUUGCAAGAUUGGGACCUAAGCUUGGUAGAAAACAUUGCUGUAUUACACCACAAGGUGGCAAAGACAACCUGCACAGAGCGUAAAGUGACAAAUGGGUACAUUUACAUUCUUUGCAGCUCAGCUAGUACGUUGACAAAUCUUCACCUUUCUGGAUAUAUAAAUACGUAAUUG